AUGACUCAAAUCCGAAGAGAAGGACCAAAGCCUCGCUAUCAGAACGAAUAUGCCUUCAAACACAACAAGGCUUCUAAAUUAACGAGUAAAAUUUUGAGCACACCCAAUGUCGGACUAUGCCGACGAUGUCAUGAUAUUAUUGAGUGGAAAAAGGCAUAUCGGAAAUAUAAACCUCUCACGCAACCAAGAAGAUGUAAUAUUUGUCAGCAAAAAACAGUGACUUUGGCCUAUCAUGUGAUUUGUAAUAAGUGUGCUAAAGAGAAUAGAAAAUGCGCAAAAUGUUUGGAACCUUAUGAUGAAAAAUUAGCAGCGGAUGAAAAAUUAAUGGAAGAAAUUAAAAAUUUGGAUGAAUUGGAGAAGAAGAUGAGUCACAUGACUUUGAGACAACAACAUGCAAUUAUUAGAGAAGCUCAGAAAAUGGCAGAGCAAGAAAAGUUAAAUGAUGGUAACUCGGAGCAAAAUGGAGAAUCAUCAUCGACCUCAAAAUUGUCAAGCGAGAAGAAACAGGUUGAAGAGGAAUCAGAUGAAGAAGAUGGUGAUGAUGAUGAAGACUUUGAUGAUGAUGAUUUGUAA